AUUUUUUUAUCGCGAAUUCAUGAUGUCGAGCAAAGAAGCUCCAAGCUCAACAUAGCCAUCGAUAAUCUUCAGCUAUAAUCCAGACUUCCCAACAUGCUUCCUCUCCAGACGUGUCGGGCCUGCUUAGAGGCAGCUCCGUCAAAGCUCGGGCGACAAGCCCAGCGACAAGUAUUACAGACCAGGUCUAGCAGCGCAGCAGCAGCAAUAACAGCAACAGCAGGACCAGCGAGUCUCAGAUCGAGCCGAUCGAGGCAGCACCCACAACAGCAAAGGCCGCUGCACACCACACGCGCCUGUCGAGAUGAUAGUCCCGGUCUGCUCUACAAACUGAUCAAGCGAGUGCCUGGUGUGUACAACCAAACAUAUCGAGUCUACAACUACGCAAAUACCCUCUACAAGUCUCUCGCCAAGCAGGCGCCGUACAAGAUCGACCCCAACCAACGCAAGAAGGGUCUCGUGAGGAAGGCAGAGGAUGGGGAGGAGAUUGGCGAGGGGUCCUCGCCUUGGCAUACAGAGCUCGGCCUCCCCCCGACUUUCAGCACGUGGGCCCAGGUCACCAUGAUGCACAUGUACCUCGCCGUCGUGCGCUACCGCUGCCUACAACAGGACGCCUUUGAGGGCUCGCAAAAGUCCCUCGUCGACGCCUUCUUCUACGAGGCCGAGGAACGCAUGGACGUGCACCACGGCAUGAGCUCGCGGUCGCUGCGUCAGCACCACCUCAAGGACCUCUUCGUCGCCUGGCGCGGCCUAAUGCUCGCCUAUGACGAGGGCAUCGUCCGCGGCGAUGCCGUCCUUGGUGCCGCCGUGUGGAGGAACCUUUUCAAGGGUAACCCCGACGUCGACGUCAGAAAGGUCGCCGCCGUGGUCAGCUACAUGCGCGCCUCGCUCAAGAGGUUGGAUCAGCUCAAGGACGAGGAGGCUUUGCUCGAGAUGCAUAAGGCUUUCCGGACCGACAUCAAGGGCGAGCUGCAGUUUGUCGACGUCCCAGCCAAGGAGCUCGUCGGUGUCUUGCCCAAGGCUGGGGAGGCCUAGAUCCCGGCCAAUGCGGCGGCUACGACUAAGAAGGCGUAUUUUUAGGGAGCGCGUCGCCGUAUGCGCUUUUGUGGAGUGGCUUUGAGGUCAUGAGCAAUGAUCUGAACAUGAUGUAUUCCCACAAUCGUCCAGCACACUCCAGUGGGUGCUGUGUAUAUUUAUAUAGCUGUAACAGUAGUUGUACCUUUUGGGGGCCUUGUCGGUUAUUAUGGCCUCACCCGUUAAAACAUGGGUCAAGGUCAAAGUUAUGUACUAAAACGCCGCUAUGGGGUUGUUGAUUCACCCUCUUUUUGGUAGCCAUAUCAUUCACCAAAGAAAGAAAGAGAAAAGGAAAGGGGGGGAAAAAAAAGAAAAAAAAAUAUAUAUCAAAAAGUCGAUAUCAAUCCGACCUCUCCCACAUCUGAAACUCGUACUGCGUCCCAUUCUCCUCUUGCACA